CGCCUGGGUUCGAGGAACGUUCGAACCCAGGACGCCUGGGUUCCAUGGAACCCAGGGGACGCCUGGGUUCGUUCGAACCCAGGUGUCUUGGGUUCCAUGGAACCCAGGGGACGCCUGGGUUCGAGGAGCCCAGGACCCCUGGGUUCGAGGAGCCCAGGACCCCUGGGUUCGAGGAGCCGGGGACGCCUGGGUUCGAGGAGCCCAGGACCCCUGGGUUCGAGGAACCCAGGACGCCUGGGUUCGUUCGAACCCAGGCGUGCUGGGUUCGAUGGAACCCAGGCGUGCUGGGUUCCUUCGAACCCAGUAGGGGAGGGGAGGGGAAGGAGAAAAGGAAAGAGAAGGAGAAAAAGAAAGGAAAGGAAAGAAAAAAAAAAAUUUAUUAAAUUAUAUUUUUAGUGCAAAUCACAAUAUUUUUAUAAUUAAAAAUGCCACAUCACACAUUUUAUUUCCAAGUAAUAUUUAAUAUUAAUAAAAAUUGAAUUUGUUA